UACAAAAGUCAACUGUCAUAUACAAACUUAUAAACAUAACAUUUUACAUGUAAAACUUGGAGGAAACAAGAGAUCAGUAAAGUAAACAAGAAGAAGAAUGGCAGAAACUUAUGAAACCUACAAGGUGCUCGGGUUUAAGCGGAAGUUCAAGCUUACUAAACUAAGCCCGCCACAGGACGUGAUCGAUCUCUUCAGUUUGUGCACCAACAAGGAGUUGCAGAUGUCGCCUGAUCACUUUCGACGGUUCUUGAUCGAGUUUCAGGGAGAUAAAGAUGUUACAGUUGAUUAUGCUAAGCGGAUAAUGGAGCAGGCGCUGCAUCAACUCCGACCAGACUUUGCUAUGUGUUGUUUUACUGUUGAUGAUUUCUUUAACUUCCUGUUCCUUGAUGAAUUCAACGGGCCCAUUAAUUUAGAGGUACACCAUGAUAUGACUGCACCAUUGCAACAUUAUUUCAUAUAUACAGGCCAUAACUCGUACCUCACGGGGAAUCAACUCAUUGGUGGUUGUAGUGUAAAACAAAUUAUCAAAUCUCUUAAAAAAGGUGUGAGGGUAAUUGAGCUAGAUUUGUGGCCAACCAGUUCGAAAGAAGGCAUACAUGUUCUUCAUGGGGGGACUAUGACAACUCCCGUAGCACUUAGAACAUGUUUCGAGUCCAUAAAAGAGCAUGCGUUUGUGAAGUCUCCAUAUCCAGUGAUCAUCACUUUAGAAGAUCAUCUUACCCCAAAUCUUCGAGAUAUAGUUGCAAAGAUGGUCACAGAGAUAUUUGGAGAUAAGCUUUACCGCCCAGAAGCAGGAGAUCACAAUGAAUUCCCUUCACCCGAAGCAUUAAAAUAUCGUAUUCUUCUUUCAACAAAACUACCAAAAGAACACCUUGACAGGCAGAUUAACAGUAAUCAGGAUGAUAAUAUGUCCUACUUAAAUCAUGAUUUGUCACAAAUUCCUGAAAUCGACUUUGAGGAAGAGAAUGAAGAUGCUGCAAAUGAGAAUCCUGGAGAGACAACACCUCCCUACAUAGAUAUCAUUGGAAUUCCUGCUACUAAAGCAAAUAAGAAAUUAAAAAAGGCAUUAACAGUUGAAUCCGGGAAAGCUAAUCGUCUUAGUUUGAGUGAACAAACUCUUGAAAGAGCCGCGUCUCUUUAUGGAGCUGAUUUGGUCAGGUUUACUCAAAAGAAUAUUCUUAGAGUGUAUCCGAAGGGUACACGGGUUACCUCUACAAAUUUCAAACCACUCCGUGCAUGGAUGCAUGGCGUUCAGAUGGUCGCUUUCAAUAUGCAGGGAUAUGGAAGAUCGCUUUGGAUGAUGCACGGAAUGUUCCGAUCUAAUGGAAAGUGUGGCUAUGUUAAAAAGCCCGAUUUUCUGAUGAGCAUGGGUCCAAAUAAUGAGGUGUUUGAACCAAAAGUACCAUUAAGUGUGAAGAAAACUUUGAAGGUGAGAGUAUAUAUGGGUGACGGGUGGCAUGCGGAUUUUGACAAGACUUACUUUGAUAAAUACUCACCACCAGAUUUCUACACAAAGUUGUACAUGGUUGGAGUGCCAGCUGAUGUUAGGAAGGAGAAGACUAAAGUAAUUAAAGAUGUUUGGACACCCAUAUGGAAUGAAGAAUUUACAUUCCCAUUGACAGUUCCUGAACUAGCUUUACUGAAGAUCGUUGUGCGAGAACAUGAUACAGGGAAGGAUGACUUUGCUGGUCAAACAUGUUUGCCUGUGUCUGAGUUGAGAACAGGGAUUCGGGUUGUUCGACUGCGUGACAAAAGAGGAAAGAAAUUCAAAUCUGUAAAGCUUCUUAUGCAGUUUACGUUGGAGUAGACAAAACCGCGGUAACUACUUGAUUAAUAUCCUUUUAGCUCUUUAGAUCUUAUUGGAACUAGAUUCGUAACUGAGAGCCUCUGCUGACAAGACUUGUAAUAUAUGUUCUAAAGAAUCUUGCACACCAAAAUUCUACAAUAAAGUAAUCCAAGUUUUGGGUUUUCAUAUCUAACCCGUUCAAUAAACAUGUCAUAUUCGGUUGACCCAUUUGAUUAAA